CCCAUCGUGCAUCUUCCUUCGUCCAGGCGGUACGGAAGGGAAGCCCAAGAGGGAAAGCAGGCGCCGUCUCCGUCGCCGUCGUCCCCAAAUCUUCACCGAGCUUCCGCUGCGCUCUCGCCCCGCGCGGCAACGCGGAGGAAGGAAUGGACAAGUAUCACAGCAACACCCGCUUUGCACCCCUGAGAGAUGCUCCAUUUGCUCUCCGUGGUGCGGUUGGUACCCCCAACUCGUCUUUCAACAACAUGGAUGCCCUUAGACACUCCUCACGCAUUGGGCAAGCAAAGAGCUACACAUCUUCUCUGUUAGGAGCCCUGCGACAGAAGAUGCCUCCAUCUGGAAACCGAUCCCUACAUACAAGCCGUCCCCUGUCGGCUCCUGUUGCGAACCGCCCACUGUCUCCCCAUCUUCCUCUGAAGAAGCCACAGCUGAGCGCUACAUUCUCCAUCUCACACCGUAUAUUUGGCGUUGCGCUGGGUGCUGCCAUCAUAUCCAUUCCUCUUGCUACCAGGUUCGGUGUCAUGUUUGAGGUCUGAGUGAAAUGCGGCCUUCAAUGAUGAGGGGUAACAUUGCUGUGGCGGUUUCGUCAUUGGGCAGAAUGCAACUGUAGGUGCAGUUGUCAUAACGUUAUCAAUCCUGCAAAAUUUUAUGAAUAAUAAGGGAAACUAUCCUAAUCAUCAGUGUAAUGAAAACAUCAUUUUGGGUGUUCUUUGGUAUGAGGUCUGCAAAUCCGAACCA